GGUCCGGAGACAUAAAGGCUGACGGCGCGGCGAGAAGUUGCCAGCUGCCAAGUUUGCAGUCUCUGGCGCCGCGAGCGAAGGAAGCCCGGGCAGGCACUCUCUGGAGCUGGGACUUUUGCGCACCGCCUGCCCGCCUCCUCCCGAGCUCUUCCCGGCCGGGCCUGUGUCUGCGAAACCUUUUCUUUUUUUUUUUCAUCCUUUCACGACCCACAAAAACCACUAGUUGCUAAGGCUCCAAAGAUACCAAGAUGUGGACGGCGCCGGUGUUGCUCUGGGUUUUGGGAAGCGCUUGGUUCUGGGAUUCUGCGCUGGGAGGGCCCCUAGGCCGGAUAGAAGAUGAUAUUGUCACCCCAGGCACAGGAGCUGGCCUGAUGACCCCAGGUCUAGAAGACAGAACCACAGGUGCUAUUGAUGGGCUGAGUGAACCUACUGGCAAGGUACCAACACACACACAAAGUACAACAAAGCCUCCCAUUGAGGAACUGCCAACCCCAGGAACCUCAGACCGUGACCAUGAAGAGCAUGAGAGUACAACCACGGUCACAGUGGUGACUAGCCACCCUUCGGAGAAGAAAACAAGUCACCCCAACAGAGAUAACGCAGCUGAUGAAACACAGACAACAGAUAAGAAAGGAUUGGCUGUGGUGACCCUGGUUGGAAUCAUAGUUGGCGUCUUGUUAGCCAUCGGCUUCGUUGGCGGGAUCAUCAUUGUGGUUAUGAGGAAGAUUUCUGGAAGGUUCUCGCCCUAAAGAGCUGAACAGAUCAGGUUGUUCUCCCAGCAUAUCUGAAAAUAAGAGAGCUUCCAGCUUCCCCUGUUCCCAUCCUCUCUGCUUGUGGAGGAAGAUGACCCAUGAAUGCCCACCCGACUCAACAGCCAUGGCGACUCCUUCACUUGCAGGCAGUACCAAAGGAAAGAUACACGCCAAGCCAUGGCCUCUCGAAGCAUCUGCCUAUGGAAAACAACAUUUUUUUUUUAAACAUAAAAAUUUUAUAAUCAGGGCUGCAGAGAUGGCUCAGAGGUUAAAAACACUCACUGGCUGUUCUUCCAAAGGUCCUGAGUUCAAUUCCCAGCAGCCACAUGGCUCACAACCAUCUAGAGUAAGAUCUGGUGCCCUCUGCUAGUGUGCAGGCAAAAUGCUGUAUAAAUAAUAAAUGAAAGUUUUGUUUUUGUUUUUUUAAUCUGAUUCAAAAGACAACGUGCAUAGAAAAUGGAGCAAAACCAAGACUGCAUCACCAGUUGGCCUUAGCAACUGUGGCCAUGGCUUCUUCCUGGCCAUUCCCUAUUACUGUUAAGAGGCAAAAGAGUCUGGAAAUGUUUAUUGAAUCUGUGGGGUCCUUGGAUCCAAUGUUACCUCAAAGAGUCACGGGCCUUUUUGCAGUUGCUGACCUGUUGCUGCAUACACAUUCUAGCCUAGUAGGGUCUGUUUUCAGGUGUGUCAGAAUCAUUGCUUUGAAAGUGUAAACUUAAAAUCAGGCAUGACAGUCAGCCCCUUAAGGAGUUUGGCUGGACCGUUUCAGAAGCAUCCACUGUGGAUUCACGUCUGGGAAGAUAUAUAAUGCUUUUUACGAAUCUCCAAACCAUCUCUAAGCCACUGAUGACUUGAUGACCCGGAGGCGUGUCUCGUCAGUUCCUGUUGGGUGAUGGAAAGCCCAAGUUAAGGAGCCACAUCCUCAACUCCCUGAGACCACCCUUCAGAACAGCUGCUGCUUUCUGGCCUGUGGAGGUCUCAUCCCAGAUGCUGAGACAGAUGUUGGAUGUCACAGGAUGCCAGACACUCAGCAGCUGUAGAGCCAAGAAUGGAACUCUGCCCUUUAAGCUGAAGUGCAUCCUGUGCGUGCUUUGGUAUAGGAAAUAAGACCGACCAGUUUUGGACACCAGCCUUCUGCCUCUGGGGAAAGACAGGACAAACAAAAAUCUCAUCUUCGUUGCUUUCAUAUGGCUGGGUGUAAAUGUCUGAUAAAAUGUUAAAAUAAAAGAUACUUCCAGUCUUUAUGACA